AUGCCUCAUGCCACACCCCAGCUGUACCAGUAUACGCACGUGCCGGAGACAAAGGAGGAUCUCGACUGGGCGGACCUUCCGAACAUUGAUCUUUCCAAGUAUGGCACGGCGUCCGGUAACAGGGAGCUCGCCAGCAUUCUGAUCGAAGCAAUCCGUACCAAGGGCUUUUUCUAUGUCACCAACUUCGGCAUCUCUCAAGAAGCAGUCGACAGGCAAUUCGCACUGGGUCAAGGCUUCUAUGAUCUGCCGCUUGAGGAAAAGCUCAAGUAUGUUCCUGAUCUUGACUCCGGCAACUAUAAUGGCUACCGCCCUGCUGGAAGGCGGCUUCUGGGAGGUGGCAUCCCCGACAAGACCGAGGUCUGGAACAUGGCGACCAAUGACGGUCGCGUCACACAGCCUGUUCCGGAGCUGCUGAAAGAUAAUCUCGCAGAGAUAGAGACUUUUGCGAAGGACUUACAUGACAAGGUGCUUGACCCGCUCAAUAACCUUAUUGCCAUCGCCCUGGAGCUGCCGGAGGACUUCUUCACCAAGCUGCACCGAUGGGAAGUGCAUGACGAAUCCCACCUGCGAUACAUGAAAUACUCCAAGUUUACACCUUCCGAAAUUGCACAGCUCGGCGAUGGCUUGUGGUCUCGUGGUCACACUGACUUGGGUACAAUCACAUUGCUGUUUCGACAGCCGGUGGCUGCUCUGCAGAUAAAGGACCACAAGACUGGUGCGUGGAAAUGGGCCAAACCGCUUGACGCCAGCCUCACCGUCAACACGUGCGAUGCGCUUUCGUUUUUGACGGGUGGGUACAUCAAGUCAACUGUUCACAGGGUCUCAGUGCCACCGAAAGACCAGCGUCAGGUCGAUCGUCUCGGAUUGUUAUACUUCGCGCGACCACAGAAUGAUCUGGUACUCAAUACAAUUGACUCACCUGUGCUCAAGCGAGAAGGAUAUAUUCAGAAUGAGUUCGAAAGGGAUGGCCACCGUGUGCCAUCCAUGGGCGAGUUCACAAACCUGAAACAGACCUGGCAGCAGAAGAAGCGGGAUUCGUACGAACCAGACGAGGGCAGGGAGAUCUUGCCUGGGUUCAAAGGACAGUAUCACAAAUGA